CAAGCUCAGUUAAGUGCUUCUGUUAACCUAGACCUUGCACAAAUAAGCCACUGAAACCAAAAGCACUUCUUAGCCCCAAGUUGCUACUGCGAUCUCCAUUAAUGUAUGCGUGCCCCACUAAUUGCACCUAAGUGCAUGUCUCUCCCUAUUUAAGUCCAUGGAUGGUGUCCUACUGUGAUCACUAUGCAUGUAGUAAAUUAGUUUGGAGUACUACAGUGGUGCUGAGAGAUCAUGAAGUGCUUUUGGCUCCUGCUUCUCCAUGGGCUUCUCUUCUUCGACACCGUCUCCUCGAAGACCCAUCGCCAUGUCUUCGUGGUAGAAGAUGCGCCUUACACUCGGCUCUGCAAAACGAAGAGUAUAUUGGCAGUGAAUGGGCAAUUUCCUGGGCCCACUUUGUAUGCUAGGAGGGGAGAUACAAUGAAGGUGAAGGUGCACAACCGUGCUAAAGACAACAUCACUAUCCACUGGCACGGCGUGAAGCAGCCAAGGAAUCCGUGGUCGGACGGGCCCGAGUACAUCACGCAGUGCCCGAUCCAGCCGGGGGACAGUUUUACGUACGCGGUCGUCUUGUCGACCGAGGAGGGCACAGUGUGGUGGCACGCGCACAACGACUUCGCUAGGGCCACCGUCCAUGGCACCAUCGUGGUGUAUCCGCCGCGCGGAUCGCGCUAUCCCUUCCCCAGGCCCUUCAAGGAGUUUGUCAUCGUACUCGGGGAGUGGUGGGUGGAGGAUGUGAAUGUGGUGCUUAAAAGAGCAGUAGAGAGUGGAGGAGACUUCAACAAAUCUGAUGCUUAUACCAUCAAUGGACAACCUGGGGAUUUCUUUCCUUGCUCCUCCAAUGAAACUUUCCGACUCGCGGUGGAGCGUGGCAAAACCUACCUCCUCCGUGUGGUGAAUGCCGCCAUGAGCGCGGGGCUCUUCCUCUCCGUCGCCCACCACCGCCUCACAGUCGUCGGCUCCGAUGGGGCCUACACCAAGCCCUACACCUCCGACUACGCCCUCGUCUUUCCCGGCGAGACCAUGGACAUGCUCCUCACCGCCGACCAGAACCCUAACCCUACCGGGGGGCUCUACUACAUGGCGGCCCGCGCAUUCGACUUCCUCAACACCAGCAACAUCGACAACAUCACCGCCACCGCCGUCGUCGCCUACCUCCCGGGCAGCGGAGGUGGCGGGAGGCCGCUGCUUCCGCCGCUCCCGUACUACAACGAUUCCAACGCCGCUACGCGCUUUAGCUUCUCACUGAGGGGACUGUGGGACAAGGAGCGGCGGCCUGUGGGCCUGCCGAACAUGUUCGACGAAAGGAUUGUGAUGACGGUGUCCAUCAACGAGCUCCCCUGCCGCCAUAGCUCGUGCGCGGGACCCAACGGGACCAGGCUCGCGGCGAGCCUCAACAACAUCAGCUUCGCGAACCCCUCGAUCAACAUACUCGAAGCCUACUGCAGGUGCGUCCGCGGCGAUUACGGCGUAAAUUUUCCGACGAUGCCCCCCUACUACUUCAAUUUCACCGCAGACGACCAGCCGCAGAAUCUGCUGUGGACGCGGAGGGCGACGGAGGUGAAAGCGGUCGAGUACGGCCGGAAACUGGAGGUGGUUUUCCAGGGAACGUCGCUGGUGCAGGGGGAGAGCCACCCCAUGCACCUGCAUGGGUACAGCUUUUACGUUGUGGGGUGGGGAUUUGGAAAUUUCGAUAAGUGGAGGGACCCCCUGGGGUAUAAUUUGAAGGACCCUCCUUUUAAGAACACUGUUGGGGUUCCCAGGAAUGGGUGGGUGGCCAUCAGGUUCACGGCUAAUAACCCUGGUGUAUGGUAUUUACACUGUCACUUGGAGCGGCAUCUGAUAUGGGGGAUGGACACGGUGUUGAUCGUAAAAGAUGGGCCGAGUCCAUGGGUGCAAUUUGUAUCUUAUUAA